AUGACCGUUGAAGAGAAGGCCGGUCAGAUGUAUCAUGGUCGCGACAUCCCAGGCCGGGGAGAUGAAACCAGAGGCAUGGUCAAGGAUAAUCUCAUGACGCACUUCGUUUACAGUGGCGGAAUCAGUGACACCGACGCCUUCAUCGACUGGCAUAAUGAGCUACAGGCACUUGCACUCAACUCGACCCGCUUAGGAAUACCCAUUACGAUCUCCACCGAUCCCCAACACGGCUGGACGCAGGAUGGCGGAACUUCAAACGUCGGGCUAUCUUUCUCACGAUGGACGGAGCCCAUGGGUCUCGCUGCUCUUCGAUCCCCGGAAAUGACGUUUGCCUACGGCGACGUUGUGAGGCAGGAGCUGUCUGCGGUUGGCGUUCGGCAAGUGCUCUAUCCUCAGGUCGAUCUCGCAACGGAACCGAGAUGGGGUCGCACUGGGCUCACCAUGGGCGAGGACGCCAACUUGACCAGCACUCUUCUUAUUGAGAUACUUCGAGGUUUUCAAAAGACUGAGGAAGUCGGAAUCGAGUCUAUCGUCGCUACGGUCAAGCACUUUCCAGGUGCAGGGCCGAUGCAGGACGGCGAGGACGCACACUUCCCGUGGGGAAAGUGGCAAGUGUAUCCGGGAAACAACUCGGAGUACCACAUGGUUCCUUUCAAAGCCGCCAUAAGCCGUGGAGUGCCUCAAAUCAUGCCAUAUUACUCCCUUCCCAAAGGAACUGAGUGGGAAGAGACUGGGUUUGCCUUCAGCAAGGAAGUCAUCACCGGCCUUCUCAAAGAGAAACUUGGUUUCAAGGGAAUAGUUCUCACGGACUUUGGAAUUCUCACUAUGACACCGUGGGGUGUUGAGGACAAGACCGAAUUGGAGAGAACGCAGCUCGCCAUUGAUGCAGGAUGCGACAUUAUCGGCGGCGAAUCGAGCACCCAGCUGACUAUCGAGCUCGUCACUUCUGGGGCUAUCAAAGAAGACCGGAUCAACGAAUCAGUUCGGAAACUCCUCAGACAGAAGUUUGAGCUGGGAUUGUUUGAUAAGCCGUUCGCUGACAAGAACUUGGCUAAAGCAGUGCUUGCAAAGGAGGAGUUCACCCGCCUCGGAAACGAAACGCAGCGUCGUUCUUUCACCCUCUUGACGAACAAGAACAACUUACUUCCUUUGCCUCGCGCAGCACGCAGAGCCAAGAUAUACGCUGAAGGAAUCGACAAAUCUGUUCUCGAACAGCGUGGUCUCACCCUUACUGAUGACCCUGAUAAUGCGGAUUAUGCCUUCCUUCGACUUGCAUCGCCACGGCGACAACCCGAUGGCUCGGAUUUGGCUGCGGUGCUCAUAAACAAUGGCACACUUGAAUUCAACUCCACGGAGCAGGCCCGCCAAAAGGAGAUUUACUCCGCCGUUCCGACGAUCGUGGACAUCAAGUUCAACCGCCCAGCCGCCAUACCCGAAGUUGCGGAACAAGCUGCAGCGCUGAUGGGAAGCUAUGGAAGCAGUCACGACGCGUUUCUUGAUGUAGUCUUUGGUAUCGAUGGGUGGGCACCUGAGGGCAAGCUACCGUUCGACAUGCCGCGAUCGAUGAAAGCUGUGGAAGAGUCAUUUGAGGAUCUGCCGUUCGACACGAAAGAUCCGUUGUUCAGAUUUGGUAAUGGACUUCAGUAUGAUACCAAACCCUGCGCUCGCCGACCUCACUCUAUGAGGUCAUAA